GAGGAAAACGUUCUUAAAUUAGAUAAACAUCUAAGUGACAAUAUAUUAAAUAAUUACCAUAAUGCCUCGGAGUAUUAUCGAGUAUUAUGCUGAGCAUGAACGUUAUAAAUGUGGAUAUUGUAAGAAACCAGACACAAAUUAUGGUCAUGGAUUAUGGGCUCAUACAAUGUCUGUUUCGGACUAUCAGGACUUGAUAGACAGAGGCUGGCGGCGAUCAGGAAAAUAUUGUUACAAACCAACGCUAAAUAUAAUUUGCUGUCCCAUGUAUACUAUUCGGUGCAGAGCACUGGAAUUUCGACCAUCAAAGUCUCAAAAGAAGGUUCUAAAGAGGUUUAAUAAGUACCUGGUGGGUGAGAAUGAACCAGAAUGUAGUCAUAGGAAAAUAUCUAGCUCAAGUGAUGAUAUGAAAUUUGAUGAGGGUGAAGCAGAGGGAGGUGAACAAUUUGUUGAAAGCAAACAAAAGCCACAAAUGGUUAAUUUGACUGAAAAAGAUCUCAACUUUGAGGAAAACCAGGAAGGAACAUGUCAAGAAACAUCAGCAAAUCAAAGUUACUCAUCCCAAAAUGAAACUACUCCAACACAAGUGAAAGACAAUAUUAAGAAAGAUGCAGGACCUGAUCCCACGAGGCCACCAUGCAAGAAGGCUAAACAAAUGCGAAAAGAGAGGAAACUAGAGAAAUUAAAAGCACAGGGUAUAGAUAUAAGUAACUUAGAUACUAACAAGAAUAAAGAAAAACAAAUAGAAGAUUUUAUAAAAGAUUUACCGGAGAAUGUAAAACAUAAAUUAGAGGUAAAAUUAGUGAGGACCAAUCCACCAAGUGCGGAAUGGUUGGCUUCUGCCAAAGAAACACAUGAGGUCUAUGUGAAAUAUCAAAUGACAGUGCAUGGCGAUAAACCUGAGAAAUGCACUGAACCAAAAUUCAGUGACUUCUUAGUACAAAGUCCGUUAAUGGAAGAGUAUUCAGAAGUAGGUCCACCGUGUGGUUACGGAUCCUUCCACCAACAAUACUGGCUUGAUGGGAAGAUUAUAGCCGUGGGCGUGAUUGAUAUAUUGCCCAAAUGUGUCUCCUCUGUGUACUUCUUCUAUGACCCACAAUAUAUGAACCUCACUUUAGGAACUUAUGGGGCUUUAAGAGAGAUCGAAUUCACAAGACACUUGCAUUCAUUAUGCCCGGAGCUUAAAUAUUACUAUAUGGGCUUCUACAUACACUCGUGCCGGAAAAUGCGAUAUAAGGGCAACUACUUCCCAUCAGAUUUACUUUGCCCAGAGACCUAUAAAUGGUUCCCUUUAAAGGACUGCAUACCAAAACUGGAGAUAACACCAUAUUCAAGACUGAACCCUGACAUAGAUAGUGUGGACGAUAAUUAUCCCAACGAAUCUGACAUUAAUUAUAUACCAAUAUUGUUCAAGGGACAAGUGUUGAUAUAUAAAAUGUAUAAACGAAGAAGCGGGAAAAAUAAUGACAUGGAAGAACUGUUAGAUUACGCGCGGUUAGUUGGCGCGAAAACUGCCAAAAGUUUGAUCAUGGUCAGAUAAUUUGUUAGAAUAUUUUUCCUAUCUGCAAUUUGGGUUUCUAAUUAUAUUUGUCAGUUCUGUACUUAUUCACUAGUCACAUCUCAUGCAUUUUUCAUUACCCACCUCAUGUGUUGUUUUGUAUUAUUUAGCUGUGCCAACUUAUGUGUUAUCUCUUAUUUAUUUGAAUCGUAACUCGUCGGUGUACGUUUAUUUGUAAUAAUUUAAUAACCUUACAAAUAUUUGAAGAUAUUACAAGCUGGUGUAUAUUGUUUAUUGGUAUAUGAAUUAACUGAUUAAAAUCGGUAUUUAAUGCUUA